CUUUCUCCGCGCGGUCCGUCCGUCCCUCCGCUGGCUCCGAGCCGCGGCGCCUCGCACUUCUGACUCGAGUCACCGCCGCGCUCGUCUCGCCGCCGGGAUCCGCCGCCCGGCGCCAUGCAGCCGGCCGCGGGCAGCGAGCGCCGCAGCCCCCCUGGCCCCGCCGUCCCGCCGCCGCCCCGGGGCCACGCGCCCUUGGCCGCCGCUCCCGGCCCGGGCCCGCUGAGCUCCCCAGCGCGCCAGCCGCCGCAGCCCGAGGAGGAGCGGCAGCUGCGGAUCAGCGAGAGCGGUCAGUUCAGCGACGGGCUGGAGGAUCGAGGCUUAUUAGAAAGCAGCACUCGACUAAAACCUCACGAAGCCCAGAACUACAGAAAGAAGGCGUUGUGGGUCUCCUGGUUCUCCAUUAUUGUCACACUGGCCCUGGCAGUGGCUGCCUUUACUGUCUCCGUUAUGAGGUACAGCGCCUCUGCUUUUGGGUUUGCAUUUGAUGCCGUCCUCGACGUCCUGUCAUCGGCGAUUGUCCUGUGGCGUUACAGCAAUGCGGCCGCUGUACACUCUGCCCAUAGGGAAUACAUAGCCUGUGUCAUCUUGGGGGUGAUAUUCCUUCUGUCAUCCAUAUGUAUAGUGGUCAAAGCCAUCCAUGACCUCUCAACUAGGCUGCUCCCAGAAGUGGAUGAUUUCCUGUUCAGCGUCUCCAUUUUAAGUGGGAUCCUUUGCAGCAUCCUGGCGGUGUUGAAGUUUAUGCUGGGGAAGGUUCUGACCAGCAGAGCACUCAUAACUGAUGGGUUUAACUCCCUCGUGGGUGGCGUGAUGGGCUUCUCCAUUCUUCUGAGUGCGGAGGUGUUCAAGCAUGACUCGGCAGUCUGGUACCUGGAUGGCAGCAUAGGUGUGCUGAUCGGCCUCACCAUAUUUGCCUACGGGGUCAAACUCCUCAUCGACAUGGUGCCCAGGGUGAGGCAGACGCGCCACUACGAGAUGUUUGAGUGAAGGUGGCCAGAGCCAUCAGCUCCGCAUCCGCCUGAAGACUGUCAGGACGACAAGAAGUUUCCACACAGGCAGAUGGUGCCAAUAUUUAACUGAACAUCCAAUUUCUUUUUUGGAAAGUUUGUGCACAUGGGAAUGAGGUCUGCCCAGCAGGUCGGUCUGCACUGCUCCCCCUCGCUCCACUGCCCUUGUCAAACACCUUAAGACAAUGCACACGGGAGGGGAGACAGGUCUCCCCAUCUCCAGCAGGGAGAUCCAUGGGGAUCUCCAGCGACCUUUUCUAUUUAUUGGAGUAAAAAGGUUCUUGUGGGUAGCAUAAGAUCCCUGCUUGGCAGAAAGUUGUUCUGUGGUGCUCUGAGCCUGAACUGGAUAGCAACUGACCAGACCCACCUCCUCUGGACUCCAUGUGGCCCCAGCCACCUCCUAGCUCCAGAGUCCCUUAUAUCCUGGCAGAUUUUAAGGAACGACUGUAUCCUUUUGUCCCUCACCCCUUUACAUACCCAGAACCAUCAGUAUGUAUCACUUCCUAACUUCUAUCAAUGUAUUUCAUUAGUUUCAUACUGUUUUACUAAUCCUCAAUCUAGACAGAUUUGUCCAAAAGGAGACCAUUCUAUUUUUAAAGUACUUAGUGAUAUACGUAUGAGCUUUGCAUGGACGAACUAAGCACAUGACCCUUUCUUGUAUAUUCAGAACCUGAACAUACAUGUAAAAACAAGAUCCAUUUUUGAGAGAUGUGAAACUACAGUUUAUUUGUAAUAAAUAAUGAUAUAAUCUAUCCAUGUAUGCAUAUAUCUAUAUGCUGUGUUAAGUGGUAAUGGUACAUUACAGUCUGUUAGAGAUGGCUUACUCCUGUGUAAGGAACAAGAUUUCUCCGUUUCUGUCAUGUUAGGUAUAGAGUCCGUACAAGUGUUCCCCCAACACGCAACAUUCUGUACCUCUAGCACUGACGCUCGUGCUGGCGACAGUGUCUGACCAAUAAAGACCAUUACCUGUUUUGUAUGGUACGGGAAGUCAUCUUUGAGAGUUGUCACCGUCGUGGGCAGGUUUUCUGUUGUGACUGAAGGAUGACGUGGAGGGGGUCGCUUGUGCCUCGGGGGAGUGUGAGUGGAGACCCGGGAGGACUGUUGUGAUGGGCUCUGUGGGGCAGGCCCAUCGCCCGCUCAGGUCGAGGAGAGUGUCCACACAUUCAUUUGUUGGUACCUGAGGCCCCUGGAGCUGAUCUUGCCUGGGGCUGAGGGAUGGCUGCUCCCAGGCCUCGCUCCCACCUGUGCCCUGUCUCCCAAGCGGCUAUUUCGGGCUGGUUAAGGGAGGGUGGUCUAAGAUCUCACUGACCUUGUUUCAAGCUGAUGCGUCAGCAGGGCUUCCUCCAACAGCAUUCUGAAGAGAGUUCUAGGGGAUGUUAACAUGCUACAUGGAAAAAAACAGUCAACUGUUCCAGCAGGUUUGGGAAAUGCAUGCUUUAACUAACAAACAGGUUUCUUUCCUGCAGGUUUCCUCAUAGAAUGUAAUUAAUAUACAUUGUGGAAGCUAUGAUGUAGCAUCCCCUAAACAUACACAUUCAGGUUUUUCUUGGCACCUUUUUUGGGACUUGCCUCCCACCAAACAGGCUGUGGGAACUGCAUGGUGUCUGUCUCCAGUCUGUGUAGUAGCCAGGAAAGGCUGUGCUGAUGAGGGCCGAGCCAUGGCCCUCCGGCAUCACCACAGGUGAGCCCUUGGUAUGGGCACGGACUUGACCCUCCUCAUGUUUCCAGGGCAUGUGCCUAACCAAGUGCUCAUGGGCCACUGAGCGCUGGGUCAAAAAGUGCUCUUUGUGAGGAGCGGGAACAUGUUCCAGGUCUAAGAGGCCCUCAGAUAGCCUUAUAGGGGCUAUUUUGCUCCCACAUCCUUAAAGAUUUUUAAACAUCUUACGUAGUACACAGUUAUCUCAAAAAAACCAAAAAUAGCCUACCGGUCCACUUUUCUAAUUCAGUUCCCUCCCAGGGGCUCAGCAAUUAGCACCGGUGGACGUGCUGUAAGGGAAAGAAUACGCAACAGUAAAGCCUUUCCCCUCCACUCCUUACACACACCGUUCUAUUGGCAUUUUCAGCAGUGUGUUUGCAAACAGUGCGAUGCAGUCAGUGGACGCCACGUGGGGUAUGGGGCUGGACGACAGCUGGGCUUUGUUCUGCAGGGGACCCUGCACCCACCCAGCCCCCAAAAAUCACUCCCACCUGUGACACAAGAAAAGUUUAUUGAAAAAUAAAGUUCUCCCUAGUUUUUUCUACAACAGUGGAAAACAAAGCCGUGCUCUCUACGCCGGUACAGUACGUUUGGACAGCAACACCUUAUCUGCAGAAUCCUGCACUACUUAACCCCAGAAGUGAACAGUAGGAAGAUGGUAGUACCAGGAGCUGGCUGAAGACACAGACGCGAAAGGCCAUUAGCUUAAAGUCAUCAAGGUUGUGACAGCAACUACAGUAGAAAGGACGUCACCAUCUCCUUUGGCAUUGAGUGUUCUAUUGUCCUGUUAAUACUCGGCAGGACAAGGAGCAAAAUGCUUCCCAAGUUUGCCCCAUCUCAGCUUUGGCGGAGGUGGCAGACUGUGCUAAAUUCCCGUCCUGCUGUCCCAGCAAGGAUUUCAGACCCCAGUGCUGCAAAUGCUCUCUGACCACCCACUGCUACCCGC